AUGGCUAUGGCACAGGAGCAUGCCCAAGCCAGUCGUGCAGACGAGUUUGGGGAAGCAGGAGAGGGACACAAUGGCAAGCAACAGGAAGUCCUUGCGAAGGAGGAGUUGAUUCCUCCUACUAUACUCUAUCAACAAUCCUUUGACUCUUCUGGAAACAGUUCAACCAUUGCAGUGUAUUCUCUCAAGUUGGCAUCUGCCACUUCGUCGGUUGAGUCCUUCCACAGCGCAUUCACUUCGUCUCCAAAAGAGGACGAGGAUGAAGAUAGGAGAUCCGAGGAUUCGUCAAUAUGUGAAGGCCAAUAUGCGAACCAACCUAUGGAGGAUACUCACGAUGCUAGUCAGACCGUCGAUGAUCCCCUGCCACGUCCCGGCCUAGACCUGCCGUUCACCCGGGCACAGGCUCUGGAAACCUGCACCCAGUCUCCCACGUCCAGCCCUGAUAAGGAGGCAGAGCCUUUGAACCGCAUCUAUAGAAUUCACAAACGCAUCAGCAAGAAUAUCUCUAGAAAGCUUACAAAGCGAAAGGAGCAAUAG